UUCAGGAAAGGAGAGGAGGGGGCUUCACCACUAUUAAAGGCAUGAAGAUUGAGACAGAGAGCAGACUGUUAGGAUCUGAGUCAGGCUGUGGAGGAGAGGAGCUUGUUCAAGAUGCCAGAACCGGUCAAGAAAGCAGUUUCAGCAUUUGCCAAGAAACCAAAGACUCAGGAGGCAGAGGAGGGCUCCUCUGUGGUCUUCACUGCAGAGACCGAGAAGCCUGAUGCUAAAGUAAAGUGGCAAUGCAACUCAAAGGACAUUGCCAAUGGCAACAGAUAUGUGAUCGCAGCUGACGGAAACAAGCACUCCCUCACAAUACAAGCUAUUACCAAGGAAGAUGCCAAUGUCUAUGCAGUGAUUGCUGGGGGGUCAAAGGUCAAGUUUGAGUUGAAGGUCGUAUCAAAGCCAGAAGCCCCGGCUGAGGCCCCUGCAGAGUCCACUGCAGAACCACAACCAGCACCAGCACCGGAGCAGAACCCGGCUCCGCCUCCAGCAGAAACACCCACUGUGGACCAGACUGCUGCCCCACCUCCAGAUGCUCCCCCAGCUGAGGACGGACAGCCUCCAGACACCAGACAGGACCUGACUGGACUCUUUACAGAGAGACCCCAGAGUGGAGAGGUCACUGUGGGUGGAAACAUCACGUUUGUGGCCAAAGUGAAUGCUGAGUCAUUGCUGAAGAAACCAACCAUUAAAUGGUUCAAGGGGAAGUGGAUGGACCUCGCUAGCAAGUCUGGGAAACACCUGCAGCUGAAGGAAACAUACGACCGCAACUCAAAGGUCUAUACCUUUGAGAUGCAGGUCAUCGCAGCCAAGGCUAACUUUGCUGGAGGUUACAGAUGUGAGGUUUCAUCCAGGGACAAGUUUGACAGCUGUAACUUUGAGUUAACUGUACACGAGGCUUGUGUCACUGAGGGUUUUGACAUAAGAGCAGCUUUCAGGCGCACUAGCACGGAUGGAAAAGAAGACUCUGGGGAGCUGGACUUCAGUGCCUUGUUAAAGAAGAGAGACAGUUUCUUAAAAAACUCCAAUCGAACCGUGCAGGUGAGCAGCUCCGAGCCUGAAGUGGACGUGUGGGACAUCCUCAGCUCUGCUCCUGCUUCGGAAUAUCAGAAGAUUGCUUUUCAGUAUGGCAUCACUGACCUGAGAGGCAUGCUCAAGAGACUGAAGAAGAUGAAGAAAGAGGAGAAGAAAAGCGAAGCUUUCCUCAGGAAGUUGGAUCCUGCAUACCAAGUGACAAAGGGACACAAGAUAAAACUGGCCAUCGAGGUCGCCAAUCCAGAUGUUGAUGUGAAAUGGCUGAAGAACGGACAAGAGAUUCAUCCAACUGGAAGCAAGUACAUCUUUGAGAGUGUUGGCAACAUGCGCUACCUCACCAUCAACCACUGCUCCCUGUCAGAUGAUGCAGCGUACAGCUGUGUGGUGGGAGAGGAGAAAUGCACCACUGAGCUCUUUGUUAAAGAGCCUCCCAUCCAGAUUGUGAAGAAUCUGGAGGAUCAGAUGGUGAUGAAGGGUGAGCGGGUGGAGUUAGAGUGUGAAGUCUCGGAGGAAGGAGCCAAUGUUAAAUGGGAGAAAGACGGCGUUGAAUUGACAAGAGACGAGUCUUUCAAGUAUCGCUUUAAGAAAGACGGCUGCAAACAUGUCCUGAUCAUCAACGAGGCCACGAAGGAAGACUGUGGCCACUACAAGGUUAAAACAAAUGGUGGCGAGUCGGUGGCUGAACUCCUGGUGCAGGAGAAAGAGCUGGAGGUCUACCAGAGCAUCGCGGACCUCACAGUGAAGGCGAAGGACCAGGCGGUUUUCAAGUGCGAGGUGUCGGAUGAGAACGUGAGGGGGACCUGGUACAAGAACGGCGUAGAAGUCAAAUCUGACACCAGAAUAAAUAUCACACAUAUUGGCAGGAUCCACAAGUUGACGAUUGAUGAAGUCAAACCAGAGGAUGAGGGAGACUACACUUUUGUGCCAGAUGGCCACGCUUUCAACCUUUCCGCUAAACUCAAUUUCUUGGAGGUGAAGAUCGAUUACGUGCCACGCCAAGAUCCGCCUAAAAUCCACCUGGACUGUAUGGGCCGCACUGCUGAGUCAACCAUUGUGGUUGUGGCUGGCAACAAACUGCGUCUGGAUGUGCCCAUCACCGGGGACCCUGCUCCCACAGUGAUCUGGACCAAAGGAGAGAAGGUCGUCACAGAGGGAGACGGUCGGGUCCACGUUGAAACCACCAAAGGACACUGUGUCUUCACCAUCGAGGGGGCUGAGAGGCAGGACGAGGGAGUCUACUCUGUGGUGGUUCGAAACCCUGCAGGCGAGGACACUGCAGAUAUCAACGUGAAAGUUGUCGACGUGCCUGAUCCUCCCGUGGCUGUCAGAGUCGUCAGCGUGGGAGAGGAGUCCUGCAUCGUCCAGUGGGAUCCUCCUCUGUUUGAUGGAGGGCAGCCAAUCAUUGGCUAUGUGCUGGAGAGGAAGAAGACGAAGAGCUACAGGUGGAUGAGGCUGAACUUUGACCCUUACCCUGAAACAACCUAUGAAGCCAAGCGGAUGAUUGAAGGAGUGGCGUAUGAGAUGCGCGUGUACGCUGUCAACAGCAUCGGCAUGUCUCGUCACAGUCUGUCCUCGCAUCCUUUCGUGCCCGUCGCCCCGACAAGCGAGCCCAUCGGACUGUGCGUGGACGACAUCAGCGACACUUCCAUCUCGCUGAAGUGGCGUCGGCCUGAGAGGAUCGGCUCGGCAGAACUCGAGGGUUACGGGGUCGAGUACUGCAAGGAGGGCACGGAUGAAUGGUUACCAGCCAUCGAGGGUCUGACUGACCGGACGUCGCUGACCGUCAGAGGUCUCACCACCGGAGACAAGCUGCAGUUCCGUGUGCGAGCCCACAACAUGGCGGGACCCAGUGCUCCCGCCACCCUGGCUCAACCCGUCACCAUCAGAGAGAUAAUGCAACGGCCUAAAAUCUGGCUCCCCAGGAAUCUCCGACAGACUCUCAUCAGGAAAGUGGGAGACACUGUCAACCUUGUGAUCCCAUUCCAGGGUAAGCCUAGGCCACAGGUGACAUGGAGCAAAGAGGGGGAGCCUCUGAAGCCCCCAUUCGCCAGUGUGAGGAACAGCGAGGUGGACACCAUCCUCUUCAUCCGCAAGACAGAUCGACAGCACUCGGGGAAGUAUGAUCUGCGGGUGCAGAUCGAGAACGUUGAAGACACGGCGUCUGUCAUGCUGCAGGUUGUCGACCUCCCAGGACCGCCUGAGGCUCUGAAGAUCAUGGAUGUCUGGGGCUUCAAUGUGGCACUUGAGUGGAAGCCGCCUAAGGACAACGGUAACUGUGAAAUAAGUGGUUACACCAUCCAGAAAGCUGACAAGAAGACUAUGGAGUGGUUCACGGUCUACGAACAGUACCGGCGAACCAACUGCGUCGUGUCUGACCUCAUCAUGGGGAAUGAGUACGUCUUCAGAGUCUACUCCAUCAACCUGGUGGGCCUCAGCCAGGACCCCUGCAACACUAAAGACAGCGCUUACAUCCAGAAAACAGGUAUUGUGUACAAGCCGCCAAGCCACAAGGACCAUGACUUCUCAGAGGCUCCCAAGUUCACACAUCCUCUGGUGAACCGCUCCAUCAUAGCCGGAUACAAUGCCACCCUCAGCUGCUCCGUCAGAGGAAUACCAAAGCCCAAAGUGACCUGGUACAAGAACAAGAUGGACAUCUCUAACGAAGCCAAGUACCGAAUGCUCAGCAAGCAGGGUGUCCUGACGCUGGAGAUCCGCAAGCCCUGUCUGUUCGACGGAGGAGUGUAUACAUGCAAAGCGGUGAACGACAGCGGCGAAGACAUAGUGGAGUGUAAACUGGAGGUUCGCCCUCAAGUUGCUAAAGAGGAAAAGAAAGAGGCAAAGAAGCGAGAGGACUGAGCUGCUCACUGAAGAAGACGGGAUCGAUUUGUCUCCAUCACCUCCUGCAUGUUGGCUGCUUUGUGUCCUGAGAAACUCCUCAUUUGCUUCACAAACUGUUUGGCCCACAAUCUUUUUUUUUUUUUUUUUGAUUAUUGUCCUACUUUUCUUCUGAAACCAUCUUGCAUCUGCUCUUCCUCACUGUCAUGUUUCAUGGUCCACCAUGUGUGUCACCGGAUUACUGGUCACCUGAAGUGACGAGAGCUCAAGUGUGAAGUCAAGUAUGUAUGUUUUAUUUGAUAAGUAACACUAUUCUGUACUCGUUUCCAAGAGUCAAAGAAAGUAGCAAUGUUCAUGAGAUUAAUUUAUGAUUUGUCACCUGACUUGUUUCAGCUGAUGACAGAAUGGAUUACGAUGUUUUGGUUUGUUUGUGUGCAUCCAAAGGUCAAUAUAAAUGCUUCAAAAACACAAGA